CCGACGCCCGUUGUUUAAGUUCCGCUCAGAGCCAUAUAUAACUGAUUCAUACGCUCUCAUCUUCUGCGGAUCCAAAGGCUUCUGCCAUGGCGGGGAAGAGAUGUGCAGAUCUCCCCGCGUCUCCACAGCCGCCUCGCAAGAAGUUCGCCUUCAUCGGCACGCCGUGCUCACGGCCGUCUCUUGCCAGCAUCCCAGACGACCUGACCAUCGAGAUCCUAUCACGGCUCCCGGCCAAGUCCGCGGCGAGGCUCAAGUGCGUCUGCAAGGGGUGGCUCGCCGUGAUAUCCAGCCGGCGCUUCGCCGACGCGCACCGAGAGCUCUCAAAGCCUCGGCCAAGGAUGCUCAUACUGCCUUGCGAGUACUCCCCAGAGAAGAAGACCGCGUUCUCGAUGAGAUUCUACGAGUACAAUGGCGGCCUUGCGUCAAGCGAGCAGUUUCCGACGGGCAUUGGUCGAUGGACCCAGCCCCUGCAUUGCGACGGCCUGAUCCUCACCUCCACCAGUGACCAGGAGAUAAUGGUCCGCAACCUUCUGACCGGAGAGUUUGUUUUCCUGCCCAAGGGCAGCCAGAACCAAGAGCAGCACCACCGCGUCGGGUUUGGUUUCGACCCACGUAGCAGAAAGUACAAAGCGGCGAGGUAUUUCUACCAGAGGCAACACGGCGUUGCCUCUGAGAGCGUCUGCAGGUUCGAGGUGCUCACCCUGGGAACCAACAGCUUCUGGAGGCGAACCGCCGAUCCUCCGUACCCGAUUCGCGCGGUAACGCCGGCUCACGCCCGAGGCUUCAUUUACCGGAGAGUUGAUCUGCCGGAUGAAAUCAGCCCCGACGUGUUCAUCCGCUUCAGCUUAGCUGACGAGACUUUCAGCCUGAUCCCGUAUCCUCCGUGUGACGCGCAGCCUGUGGGUUUCGUAGAACUGGAGGGCGAGCUGUGCUGUGCUUGCUUCGCAAAGCCGUGUGAGGUGGUGGAGAUCUGGGCUUGUGAUGAUACGACGGAUGCGCCGGCAUGGACUCGACGCCUCGUCGUCCCGCUUCCGCCGGAGGUUGUUGUGCCGGUCCCUGGUGGGCUUUUCAGAUGCCCCAAAGUUGCGUUUCACGGCAAGGAUUUGCUGUUUGUUAUUGCUGACCGCGAACUGUUCCGGUAUAACAUUGGAAAUGCCACGAUGAGGAAGGUUCCUGUGGCGAUCAAGGACUUGUGGUACUAUCAACCUGAUAGGAACAAUCACCUCCCGUAUUCGGGUAAGAAAAUGACUUUCGAAACCGUUAAUUAUGUGGAGAGUCUUGUGCAGAUAAGUGAGUACACAUAAUUACAAUUAAGCCCCUAAAAAAGGAGUAGCUAUUUACUGAAGUUGGCUGUACACUUUGUCUUUGUGAAGCACCUGGUUUCUUC